GAGGGCCUUUAAAGGCUCCCCAGCUCCAAGCUCACCACCUGCUGGCCCCUGGACACCUCUGUCACCAUGAGGCUCCUGGCUCUGUGCCUUGCCCUGUCCCUGGCAGGGACUGAUGCUGUGCCCCCCAUCCAGUCCCGGGUCGUAGGGGGCUGGGAGUGUGAACAGCAUUCCCAGCCCUGGCAAGUGGCUGUUUACCAUUACAGCAACUUCCAGUGUGGGGGAGUCCUGGUGCACCCCCAGUGGGUGCUCACGGCUGCCCACUGCAUAAAUGAGUCCCCCCAGGACAACGGCAAGGUGCUGAAAGGUGAGGAGUGCGCGCCCCACUCCCAGCCGUGGCAAGUGGCCCUCUUCGAGCGCGGACGCUUUAACUGCGGUGCUUCCCUCAUCUCCCCCCAGUGGGUGCUGUCUGCAGCCCACUGCCAAACCCGCUUCAUGAGAGUGCGGCUGGGCGAGCACAAUCUGCGCAAGCGCGACGGGGCGGAGCAACUGCGGACCGUUGCUCGCAUCAUCCCACAUCCGGGCUACGAGGCGCGCAGCCAUCGCCACGACGUGAUGCUCCUGCGACUAACCCGGCCCGCGCGCGUCUCCCCGGAAGUGAGCCCGGUGGCGCUGCCCACGCGCUGCCCCCAGCCAGGAGAGGCCUGCGUGGUGUCUGGCUGGGGCCUGGUGUCCGACAAGGAGCCUGGGACCAGGGGGAGCCCAAAGUCACAAGUGAAUCUCCCAGAUACAUUGCACUGUGGCAACAUCAGCGUUAUCCCAACCACCUCUUGUAACGAGGACUACCCGGGGCGCGUGAAGGACACCAUGGUGUGUGCAGGAGUAGAGGGCGGAGGCACAGAUUCCUGUGAGGGUGACUCCGGGGGUCCCCUAGUCUGUGGGGGCGUUCUGCAGGGCAUUGUGUCCUGGGGUGAUGUCCCCUGUGACACAACCACCAAGCCCGGUGUUUAUACCAAAGUCUGCCGCUACUUGGAGUGGAUCAGGAAAACCACGAAGAGGAACUGACUGUAUUGACCGACCACCUGUGUUACUGAUUGAACAGAAGCUCCCACAACUGGCCAGCAGUCCCAUCUUGACCUGGGACAGGACUGAGCCAUCCCCCCAAGACCCCAUUCGUACAAAGUUCAGAUGUUAGGCAAGGGCUUGUCCCAUCUGAGGUGAGAGCUGGUGCUGAAGGUCACGUGUUUACCACCAACAUAACAGCACUGAUGCAGGUUUUUCUAUAGGAGUUUCUGUGACUUACUUCUGGGGAUGGGGGGAAAUGGGAGUUAGAGACUAGCCACCGUACACUGUUCCGUUCCACCCACUGCCCUGAUCCCUAGGUGAAGAGAAAUGGCUUGAAGCAGGGUUCUGUUCAUUCAGCACAGGUUUAGCAGCAUGAUCUUGAGCAAAAAACUCGACCUCACUCAGCCUUGGUUUCCCCAUCUAUAAAAGAGAGAUCAUUACAUUGCUUGCCUUAUAGGGUUGUAAAGAUUAAAUCAAGAAAUGUGAAUGAA